AUGUUUCUCCGCAAAACACGCCGAAAAGUACCCCUCAAACCCCCUCACCUCCGCCCACCUCCUCCAAGCUCCUACCGCAAACUCCCCCUCUACCUCACCCUCACCCUCUGCCUCAUAGCCCUCAUCAUCUUCCCCCUCGCCAUCCUCCCCGUAGCCUCCGCCAAAUCCACCGUCUCCAAUGAACCCGCCCCAGGAGAACCCAUCAUCGGCAUCGACCUCGGCACCACCUUCUCCUGCGUGGGCGUCAUGAAAGAUGGCAAAGUCGACAUCAUCGCCAACGACCAAGGAAGCCGAAUCACACCAAGCUACGUAGCCUGGACCAAAGAAGGGGAGAGGUUGGUGGGCGAGGGGGCCAAGAACCAAUUUGCGAGCAACCCCAGGAACACGAUAUUUGAUAUCAAGCGGUUGAUCGGGAGGUCGUUUUCAGACAAGGGGGUGCAGGAGGAUGCGAAACAUAUGCCUUUUACCGUUAAGAAGAGCGGGACGACGGGUGGUCCGGUGGUGGAGGUUGACGUUUCUGGACAAGGGGACAUGAAGACGUUUACUCCGGAGGAAAUCAGUGCGAUGGUGCUGGGGAAGAUGAAGGAGGUUGCCGAGGGGUUUCUUGGUGUGCCAGUCAAGCACGCCGUGGUCACCGUCCCGGCCUACUUCAGCGACAAACAACGCCAGGCGACCAAAGACGCAGGCCUCAUCGCCGGCCUCAACAUCGUCCGUGUCAUCAACGAGCCCACCGCCGCCGCUUUAGCCUACGGCAUCGACAAAGUUGAUGGCGAACGCACCAUCCUCGUCUACGACCUCGGAGGCGGCACAUUUGACGUCUCGUUGCUUCAGCUCGAGGACGGUGUGUUUGAAGUCUUGUCAACAGCAGGCGACACAAGACUGGGCGGCGAGGAUUUCGACAACAAAGUCAUCAAGCACCUCGCUACCCAGUUCUCCAAGGCCAAUGGUGGAGCCGAUGUGACGAACGACGUCAAAGCGAUGGGCAAGCUGAAGAGGGAGGCUGAGAAAGCCAAACGGACGCUGAGUUCGCAGAUGAGUGCUAGGGUUGAGAUUGAGGGGUUGCACAAGGGGUUGGACUUUGAGUACACGCUCACCAGGGCCAAUUUUGAGAAGUUGAAUAUGGCCAUGUUCAAGAAGACGCUGAAGACGGUGGAGCAGGCGCUGAAAGAUGCAAAGGUUGACAAGAAGGAUGUGACUGAUAUCGUGAUGGUGGGAGGGUCGACGAGGAUUCCAAAGAUUCGCGAGUUGGUCGAGGCGUACUUUGGGAAGAAGGUUAGCCUGGGAGUUAAUCCCGAUGAGGCUGUUGCUCAUGGAGCUGCGCUGCAGGGCGGUAUCAUUGCCGGCGAGGAAUUCAUGAUCACGAACGCUAUUUUGGACAUCACCCCCCUCACGCUGGGUAUCGAGACCACAGGUGGAGUCAUGAAGACCAAAACUCAUGGCAGUCUCUCCGUCUCACUAACCGGGCCGCAGAAAAAAUCCCAAAUCUUUUCAACAGCAGCGGACAACCAAAACGUUGUUCAGAUCAAGGUCUACGAGGGCGAGCGCGCACUGACCAAGGACAACAACCUCCUGGGCAAAUUCGAACUCACCGGCAUCCCACCAGCACCAAGAGGUGUCCCCCAGAUCGAGGUCUCGUUUACGAUUGACGUCAAUGGUAUCUUGGAAGUCACCGCCCACGACAAGGGUACCGGGAAGGCAGAGAGCGUUACGAUUACCAACGACCGAGGACGGCUGUCUGCCGAGGAAAUCGAGCGUUUGAUCUUGGAGGCCGAGGGGUAUGCCGAGAAAGAUAAGGAGAUUCGAGAGCGGAUCGAAGCCAGAAAUGGGCUUGAGAACUACGCUUUUAGCCUCAAGAACCAGGUGAAUGAUGAACAGGGCAUGGGUGGCAGGAUUGAUGGUGAUGAUAAGGAUACUGCCGCUACGGCGACGGCGGAGGACUUUGAAGAACAGAAGGAAAGGCUGUCGAAUGUGGCUUAUCCCAUCACCAGCAAACUGUACGCCGAGUCUGGCGGUAGUGGUGCUGGCUACGAUGACGAGCCGGAUAUUCAUGAUGAGUUGUAG